CCGCUUCGCCCAGUCCCUCAAUCCGCCCUCCAGCUGUUUCUGAGGGUCGCGCGUGGCCCACCACCCCGCCCGUCCGAGAGAACCGCGGAGAGAGGAAAUGCGCACCCUCGUCCGAGUUCUUAGUUCGAAGCUCGCGGCAGAGCGUUGGGCUCCCUCGUUCCUUCCGCGUCCUCGGCACAAUGGAGGACCUUGAAGGCCCAGACGCCCCCCAUGACUGGGGCCUGGACUGGGGUCUCGCACUUGAGUCUCAGGGGGCCGGCGCUAGCGGAAGUAUACACCUGAUGGCUCAGGCCCCGAUGCCCCCUAAACCAGACACGUUGAGUCAAAAUGAACUGCGGAAAAGGUUGUAUCAGACGUUUAAGGAUCGGGGUAUCCUGGAUUCCCUCAAGGCACAGCUCAGAAACCAGCUGAUUCAUGACUUGAUGCACCCUAUUGUGAGUGGAGAAGUGAAGCCCCAGGCAAUUCCGGUGGAAGGAAGCGCCCUCUUAAUUGGUGCUUCCAACUCUCUGGUGGCGAAUCACUUACAAAGAUGUGGCUAUGAGUAUUCCCUUUCUGUUUUCUUUCCAGAAAGUGGUUUGGCAAAGGAAAAGGUAUUUACUAUGCAAGACCUAUUACAGCUCAUUAAAAUCAACCCUUCCUCCAGUCUCUACAAAUCUCUGAUAUCUGGAUUCGAACAAGAAAACCAAAAAGGUUUUCUUAUGCUGUUUCUGAAGGAGUUGGCGGAAUAUCAUCAGGCUAGAGAAAGCUGUGAUGCCCAAACUCAAACCAUCUCUACGUUUCCAUACAAAGACUCUCUCGCUGAGAAGCUUCGCCUCAUCGAUGAUCAGUUUGCAGAUGCUUAUUCUCAGCGCCCGAAGUUGGAGUCUCUAGAAGCAAAGUUAAAUGAAUAUAAGAGAGAGAUAGAAAAGCAGCUUCGGGCAGAAAUGGUGCAAAAGUUGAAAUAUUUUAAAGACACGGAAUUGGGGAAAGUGAGAAUGGAAGAGAAAAGAAAGUAUGAGAAAGAACUGGCUGGGUUCCAGACUGAAUUUGAGAAAGUUUGUCAAGCAAAAUCCGAAGCUCUCACUUUGCGAGAAAAGAAUACCGUUGAGAGGCUUCGGAAGUACCAGGAGAUUGAAACCAGAGAGAUUUAUGCCCAAAGGCAAAUUCUACUAAAAGAUAUAGAUCUGCUAAGAGGCCGAGAAGCAGAACUGAAGCAAAGAGUGGACGCUUUUGAAUUAGCCCAGAAAAUGCAAGAGGAGAAGAACAAAAGCGUGGAGGAUGCACUGCAGAGACGGGAGCUAGGCCUGAAGACAUUUGAGGAGACCUGUGACCAGAAGUUCCAGACAGAACUUCUCAAGUAUCAACUUGAACUACAGGACGACUACAUCUGUAGAACUAAUAAGCUGGCUGAAGAGGAAAGAAGAAAUAAAGAAUUAGCCAAGCGUUUGGAGGAAGAGCUCACAGCUAUUAAUUCCAAAAAGCAAGAAUUCAGUCAGUAUGUAAAUCGUGUGAGAGAACUUGAGCUAGAGAUAGACUCGCUCAAUGCCCAGUCUAUGGUACAAACAAAACAAAACCACGCGCUGAAUGAGAAGAUUAAUGAAAUGAGUGAUUAUUUCCAACUGAAAGAAGUGAGGCUGGAGCUGCAGGCACAAAAUAAAGUGCUUAAACAACAAGUGGAAGAGAGCAAGAGUGAAAAUCUAGUUCUCCUGAACCGCAUAACUCAGCCCUCUCCUGAGCUCCUGGUGCUUCAGAAGGAAUUGAUGAAAGCAGAAAACAUGCUAGCGCACGAACGGAAGGAGUUCGAAGGUCAGCAACAAGCUCUGGGAAGACGGCUGCAGAGUGAAGUGAGUCUUGUGCUCUCGCCUUGUUUGAUGCAACCUUAGCAUCAAUCUCUCACUCACACGCUGGCACACCACAUACUAAUGCUCUCCGCCUCUGCCCUCUUUGUGCUCGCAGUUCUCCAGCAUGAAGUGUACCGCAACCCGAAGCCCUCCCUGGUUACACGGCCCCAGGGCAGAGCCCCCAGCAACCAGUCAGUGCCUCAAGAUGAAGAUAUAAGUGGGGAUUUCUUACAGAGCCCCCCGGAGGAGGACCAGGGUCCUCUGAAGGGUGCCAUAACACCCAGGGUCCUGAGUAGUCCAAAUGACAAGUCCCCGGAGUCAGACCUUGAGUUUGUGUCUAGCACAAAAGUCAAGAUGGAGGUGCUUGAGGAAGAGGCUGAGCGCUUAGAAAAGGCCUACAGAGAAUACCACCAGAGAGUCAUGCAAGCUCCAACUCAUAACCGGCCACCAUCCAAGACCCCGCUGUCCUUGCACUUGCUGGAAAAGCUAACACGUGUCCCUGUGGGUUCCCCAAAGAGAGGUUAUGUAGAGAGCAGAAUGUUCUGCGCACGCCCUCAGGCGAGCAGUCUGAAAGCAGAGCUGAGCGAAGAGGCAGUAGUGCUGUCAGGCAGUGAUGCUUCUCGCCAAAGGAGAGUCUCCUCCCCAAGAUGCCUGUCCUCCACUCCCCUCCCCCAAAGCAAGAGGAGCCUCGACAGCAAGCUGUACCUAGAAGGUUUGGCCAGACCCUCCCUGGUUUUGCCCAGUGUCUGCCCUGACAGAACACCCCAGACCUUGCCUGAUGAGUUGCAGUGCACCUUGUCCAGUGCAUCCCUCACCAGCUCUCCGGAGCAGCAGGCCAGCUUUUCUCAGAAAGAUGCUGAACAUCAAGACAGAAAUAAAUUGUCAAAUCUGGACAAGCAAUUACCUAAAGAGAAUGAAGAACUGGAUUCGUCUUUGGAGUGGGACAUGCCAAGAUCGAUUGAAGUGGAUGGGUUACUCCCUGCAGGCGACAUGUUUCACGUGGACUCCAUCUCGGCCCCCGUGCCCACCAGGCCUGCCAUAGAUCAGGAGCAAGUUGGCGAGCCCAAAAAAGAAGAAAACACAUGGGCACAACAUCCCAGAGCAGCAAUGCCAACUGAAGACAAAAGGCAGAAUGAACAAGAAGCUUUCGAGAAGGAGCAGAGAGAGCUGGGGAAAUUAGAUCAAGAAACGAGAAUUAUUGAAGAAUCAUCAAAGAUGGAGAUGGAGGAGGAAAAACUAGAAAAGUGUAUGCAAGAAACGAAAGACAGAUCUGCUUGUAGUGAAAACCCUUUAGAGAAGUACAUGAAGGUCAUUCAGGACGGGGGAGACCAGAACUCAGCGGACAAGAGCUCAAAAAAAUUAAUCAUCCAAGAAAGCUCACAGGCGGACACACUGCCAUCUAGUGACCAAGACAAAAGUUUCCAAGGCAGCUUGCAUCGUGAAGAUGACUUUUGGUGAUAAAAUGUUUGCUGCCCAGCUUUUCCCAGAUAACAACGGCAAGUUCCAAAAUGUUCUAAGCCUAUAAGACAAAUUAUGAAUAAAGAUCUGUGUGAUCUCA